AUGAGACAGUCAAUGCAAACACAGGCUGCCGGACAGUUAAGCCACAAUGGGAAAGGCAGAGGAGACCGCAGGAGAGAGAAACCAUACGGCUGUGACAAAAGGGCACCGGGCGGUCGGCUGUCUAAAGAGGCCAACCCGUCAGGGAAACUGGAGCCGGUCCCUGUUGAGGGACAAACAGUGACCGGGUCUCAGCAAUCGUCCCAACUUGACACUUGUCAUACUGAUCAGCCUGAAAAUGAGAGACUGACCAAGCAAAACGAUUCAACAAAGGACAAAAUAAUGAAAAAGAGACAAAAACAACCGAACAAGACAUUCACUCAAUUCACUCAUGACUUACCUCACAGCAAAAGGGAACGCCUAGCCAAACUCAUUGGAGGGAGAGCUCUCACCCAUUGUAACCUAAAUGGCUUAGCAGUCAGUGCUCUGUUAGACACUGGAGCUCAAGUAAGCAUGAUUGACAGAGACUGGAAGAGUACAUACUUACCUGACAUUACUGUAAGGCCACUCAGUGACAUUAUUGGUGAUCAGGAAGAGCUAAAGGUGUAUGCUGUGAAUGGGGAUGUCCUCCCGUUUGAUGGCUGGGACAAACAGAAAACCAGGACACUGCACCGCAAUCUCCUGUUGCUGGUGAACGACUUACCUGUCGAUAUCACUCCACCUGACAUCAGAUCCAUCCCUGAGAAGAAAACACAUCACAGACAAAAACAAGAGAGAAUGACAGACACUCAAAGACAAGCAGACACAAGUGAUGACAGUGAGGAUGAUUCAGAUGAGGACUGUGGCCCAGGAUACUGGUUGAGGAGACCUGCAGAAAGAACAGAGAAAAGACCUGUCACUGACCUUAAGCAACUCACCAUGUAUCUAGGGAACCUGAGCCAAGGACCAGCACCUGUAAGGGAAGAAAGUCAUACUGUACCUGAACACUUACCAAAUCCUGUUGAAGAGAGACGAGACACUGAUGAGAACCUACCUGUACCUGCUGGACCUGUGGAAGGAAAUGGAAACGAUGAACUCCAAGACUCUGAGUCAGAAACUCGACCUUUGACCCCUCCUGUGGAGCACAGUCAUUCAGAGAUCAGAAGAUCAGCUCAUGAGAGGAGGCCACGCCAUUUCCUCACCUAUGAGUCAUUAGGUGAACCAUCAACACAGUCACAUGCCACAACUCGUUUGGCAAUGAAGAAGAUUUUGGGAGAUCUGGCCACAGAUGACUACUUUGGCCUGAUUGUAUUUCACAGUAAUGUACACGUCUGGAAACAUGAACUUCUCCAAGCCACAGAGACAAAUCUGCAGGAGGCAAAGUCCUUUGUGACAAACAUUGAGGCUGCCGGAGGUACAAACAUCAAUCAGGCCAUGCUGGAUGGGGUGGAAAUGAUCAAAAACCACCCACGAGAGGGUUCUGCCUCCCUCCUCAUCUUACUGACUGAUGGGGACCCCACUUCAGGUGAAACAAACACAGGAAGAAUUCAGGAAAAUGUCAAAAAGGCCAUUGGUGGUAAAUUUCCACUUUACUGCCUGGGGUUUGGAUUUGAUGUCAAUUUUGAUUUCUUGGAGAAAAUGGCACUGGAAAACGAUGGAGUUGCUCGCAGGAUCUACGAGGACUCGGAUGCUGACCUCCAGCUGGAGGGUUUCUAUAAGGAAGUGGCCACGCCGCUCUUAACUGACGUCCAACUGAAAUAUACCGGAGCAUCAAACCUCACCCAGACCAGUUUCAGGCAGUAUUAUAACGGCUCAGAGAUCGUGGUGGCUGGACGAAUCACAGACAACAGUCUGGAGACUUUCCAAACCGAGGUCAUCACUAUUUCAAAAAACGCAAACGUAACAUACCAGGACUCCGUGUCGACAAAAGACGUCAGCGAAGUUUUACCACAACAUGAAAACUUUAUUCAGAGACUGUUGGCUUAUCUUACAGCAGAGAUGCCUACUAUGAAACAGCUCCUGGAGAAAGAAGUGGCGCUCAAAGGGGACGAGAAAGAAGCAGCCAGGAAAGGAGCUCUGGAUCUCUCUCUGAAAUAUGAAUUCGUGACUCCGCUCACCUCCAUGGUGGUCACGAAACCGCAGGAGGAGGACACACAGGUCGCCCACAAACCCAAAGAAGGGGCGGAGCCACACAGACAUUCUGGCAAUACAAGACACGCAUAUUUCGUGUCAGUCUUCCAGAGGGACAAUGAAUUAAGCGUCACCAUGGGACCCGUGCAUGUGGUUUUCCUCCUCCACAAGAAAGACGGCGAGGCUUUUCUCUGGCCUUCUGUUCAACAACAACCAAAGAGUGUGAACAUCCAGGGCAUUCUGGGGAAAACCGAUCUUCAGUAUGAGGAGUUACCAGGGUCAAAGGUUAAAAUCACGGAUCAGGAAGUGCUGGCACACUUGAGCUCUGCCAUCGACUACAGACUUCCUGCAGCCCCGAAUGUGGAAUGCUGGCUUGUACCAUUGCAGUCUGCCCUGCAGGGGGAGCUUUCUGACUUCACCGUCUCACAACUGUAGAAUUCAUUCUCUCUCACACACACACACACAC